GGCGUUUAUAACAAUGUGGUCCUUAUGUAACGCGGACUAUAUAUAUUGGAAUUAUUUCUGUUGUAUAAGUUCUUUCGUGAUCUGACCCCACCACAUAACCAUGUUUGCUUUACUCCUUACGAUCACCAUGGUGGCUGCUGCUCCUAUAGAGGAAGGAUGUUUAUUCGAUGGUACAAUGUACGCCACCGGGGAUAAAAUCAUCAUCAGUCACUGCCUGGGUGCCGUGACAUGUAUGGGCAACAAUAUAUACUCGAGCCUGGAACAAUAUGGAGGCAUAUGUCCUUCAACAAAACGAUCAAAUGGACAAACUGGAUGUUUGUUUGACGGUAAAAUUUACAAUAAGAAUGAUAUAAUCACAAUCAGUCAUUGUUUGGCUCAAAUGGAAUGUCUGGGAUUCAAUUCCUAUGGAGAGAUUAAAAGUCUCGGUGGAAUAUGUCCAGUAAAAGACAGACGGGAUGUAAAUGGGCAAACUGGAUGUUUGUUUGAUGGCAGAGUAUAUGCUGCUGAUGAGGAAAUUAUCAUACCAUCCUGUUUGGGUAAAAUGACAUGUUUAGGAAACAAUAAUCUUGGACCUAUUACAUCACUGUAUGGUAUAUGUCCGCAGACUAAACGCUCAGUAGAUGGACAAAGUGGAUGUCUAUUUGAUGGUACAGUAUAUGCCAAAGGAGAUGUGAUACCUAUAAAAGGAACUAAUGCUCGCGUGGUGUGCCAAGGAAACAACAUCUAUACCGAACAAUUAUAAAGUAGAGAAUAUUUUCCUCUAAAGCCUACAUCACAACCGGUGGUCAGUUGCCAGAUUCAUUGUAAAGAAAAGUCAUUUAUAUAAAACUUUGUUUUUAUUUAUAAAUGCAACAAUAGACAAUAGCUGCAAAAACAACAAAACAGUAGAUUGUUUUUAUAUGAUUAUUUCAUUCAUGUCCCAGCUCAGUGAUCAUUU